ACUCUGGCAGAUGCUGCUCAAUUUUGCGCUGUGGCUGCGCGUGCGGUUCCAUGUCAGUAGAGGGCGCCCGUAACACCCAGAGACACACACACACACACACACACAGACACACUCCAGCUAGCUGUAACCGGCUAGCGAGGUUGUUGUCGAACUGACACCUCCCCAAACCUCGGCAGCAGCUAAGCUGCACAGUCGAUAUGGCAAGGAAAUAUCGCAACAUUUUCCUAAAGAAAGAUGAAAAUCUUCCAAGUCUUUUGGAAUGAUAUUCAUCACGCGAUGUGAUCCAAAAUCCACAAUGUGUGAGGACAUUUAAGAACGAUUGAGUUCGGAAGAAAAAAAUCUUGAUUCCAGUGGAAUCUUCCAUAUAUUAUAUAUUAUUAUUAUAUUUUUUCUGUGUUAAAGCUUACAUACAUUUACACACACUCGUCCCAUCAACAUAUAACCAUGCCAGUGCAAGCACCACAAUGGACAGAGUUCCUGCUGUGCCCGAUCUGCACACAGACAUUUGAGGAGACUGUUCGCCGGCCCAUCAGCUUGGGCUGUGGACAUACUGUCUGCAAGAUGUGCCUGAACAAGUUGCACCGUAAGGCCUGUCCCUUUGACCAGACAGCCAUCAGCACAGACAUCGAGCAGCUACCUGUCAACACAGCCCUGUUGCAGCUGGUGGGAGGCCAGGUUCCUAAGGCUCAGCCAGUUGCCUUGAUUUCCAGUCCAGAGGACUCGCAGCAUUAUGAGGAGGCCAGGCAGUGUGUGGAGGAGCUGGCCCUGUACCUCAAACCCCUCAGCAACACCCGAGGUGUGGGUUUGAGCAGCACGGCCCAGAGCAUGCUGAGUCGACCCAUGCAGAGGAAACUGGUAACUCUGGUCCACUGCCAGCUGGUGGAAGAGGAGGGCCGUGUGAGAGCCAUGAGAGCUGCCCGCUCUCUGGGCGAGCGAACUGUCACCGAACUCAUCUUGCAGCAUCAGAAUCCGCAGCAGCUCUCCUCCAAUCUGUGGGCUGCUGUCCGUGCACGAGGAUGUCAGUUUCUUGGCCCAGCCAUGCAGGAGGAGGCUCUGAAGUUAGUCCUUCUUGCACUAGAGGAUGGUUCUGCUCUGUCCAGGAAGGUGUUGGUUCUCUUUGUAGUCCAGAGGCUUGAGCCUCGCUUCCCGCAGGCCUCUAAGACAAGCAUAGGCCAUGUUGUGCAGCUCCUCUACAGGGCCUCUUGCUUCAAGGUGACCAAACGUGAUGAAGAUUCAUCCCUAAUGCAACUGAAAGAAGAGUUCCGUACUUACGAAGCUCUGCGGCGCGAGCAUGACUCUCAGAUUGUUCAGAUUGCCAUGGAGGGUGGGCUGCGCAUCGCACCUGAUCAGUGGUCUUCUCUGUUAUAUGGAGAUCAGUCUCACAAGUCACACAUGCAGUCUAUCAUAGAUAAGCUGCAGACCCCAGCGUCCUUUGCUCAGAGUGUUCAAGAGCUAACGAUUGCGCUACAAAGGACUGGAGACCCAGCCAACCUCAACAGGCUGCGGCCUCACCUGGAACUACUGGCCAACAUUGACCCCAGUCCUGAUGCUCCCCCUCCCACAUGGGAGCAGCUAGAGAAGGGGUUGGUAGCAGUGAAGACAGUGGUGCAUGGCCUGGUAGACUUUAUCCAGAACCACAGCAAGAAAGGAGCUGACCCUCAACAGCCUCCUCAGCACAGCAAGUACAAAACAUACAUGUGUCGUGACAUGAAGCAGAAGGGGGGCUGUCCUCGUGGAGCCAGCUGCACCUUUGCUCACUCUCAGGAAGAACUGGAGAAGUAUCGUAAGAUGAAUAAGCGCCUGGCAGCUCGCCUCCCUGGCUCAGGGCUCAUGCCAGAUGAAGGCCUUCCCCUUGAUGUAGCAGUGACCCGGAAGCCUUCACCCCUCACCAAUGGGAGCAGUGCACCCUCUUUGCCCCAGCUCAUUGCUCGUGGCACAGACACAGUCUCAUAUGACGUGUUGCGUAAACCCAUCAAGAUGGAUGUAGGGAGUCCCAGUGCCCCAGGAUCACCACCUGAUCCCCUGGACUCUGUGCCCAAACCCGGUAUGCCUCUGCCACCUCAUGCCAUGGCCCACCCCAGAAUGCCUGCAGACCACCUCUCUGGGGUGAAGCAGAUGCCUGUGGUACCCAGAGGUUCACCAGUGUACCCCCAGCCACAGCUCUCUGACAUGUUCUACCCUGAUACUCGCCCACCACCUUCUGGUCCUCAGUAUGAGCCCACACAAUACCCCCCAGGUUACCCCUACCAACAGCCACCACAGUAUGUUCCUCGGGAUUACAUCCGUAACCCUCCACCCCCCAGUGAGUCAGGACCCCCUUACCAUGACCCCUACCCUGGCUAUGGCCCACCAGAGCGCCCUUACCAGGCCCCUCACUCUGGCCCACCCUUCUCCUACCCUCACCCUCCGCACUAUGACCGAGGUCGCCACGGGACCUAUACCGGCCCACCACCUCCCCCACAGCCUUACACAUCUCAGAGGGAUGGCCUGGUCAGAAUGAGUCCUGCGCCUCUGGAUGUUCCCCCACAAUCAGCAGGGCAGGGUAACUCACUGUACCACGCAGAUGCCCGGGAUAGAUACCCACCAGACGGCUACUAUCCACAAGGUGCCCAACCUCCACCCAUGAGGGCUUAUGUCAGGGGGCCAUAUAGUGGUUCCCAGCCCAGCCUGGACUACCUGCACCGACGUCGGCAGGAGCUGUUAUCCCAGCUGGAGGAAAGGAAGGUCAUCUCCCCUCCACCAUUUGCUGCCUCCCCAACUCUUUCUCAUCCCUUCCCCAGCGACUACUCUCCUGAGUAUGGUGAAGAGAGCUCCAAAACCAUAGGGAAAGGCAGAGAGCCUGACUACGCUGGGCAAUACUCUCCCUGGUCUUGUGAAACCAUUGGCUCCUACAUUGGCACAAAGGACGCCAAACCCAAAGAUGUUAUGGUUCCUGGAACCAUGGAGAUGAUGAAUGUUGAGGCCAAGGGUCUGAGGGAACCAUCGCUUGAGGCCCCUCGUAGGGGUGCAGAAGUCAAGGACGAUGACCCUAUUAUCCCGUUUGGACCCCAGCCCACUGUAUCACGCUUUGGUGCCAUCUCCCGCACCUCAAAGACGGGCUAUCAGACUACCGGCCCUGUACAGGCCAUGGCCUCCACUCCCCAGAACCCAAACUCUAAACACAUGGCCAUGCCAGCAGAAUACACAUAUGGAAGCCAUGGAGGAUGGGGUGGAGCUUCAUACCCCUCCCACCAGACUGCCUCCUCCUCUCAGGGACACUUUAGUGAGCGCCUGCCUAUGGCAGCCACAGACAGAGAACAAUUAAAGAUUGAGCUGCAGCAGGUCAACCAGCAGAUUAACCAACAGACCCAGAUGCACAGCAUGGAGGCUGCCAGUAACACCUUACUGCUGCAGAGGGAGGCCAGUGCAUUGGCAGGUCAGCCUGUGCAGCCCAGCCAGGGUCAGGCAGCAGCAGCCCAGCAGCAGCAACAGGCCAAGUGGCCAGCAGGGGGAGCAAGUGCAACAGCUGUCUCUAGUGAACAGCUAAGCCUGGAGCUCCACCAGGUGGAGAGAGAGAUUGGAAAAAGGACCCGCGAGAUGGCCAUGGAAAACCAAGUAGCUCAUGAUGUUCAGCAGUACAAGAUGAAACCUGCAGAGAAUGGACAACCAGAGCACAAGACUCAGCUGGAAGAAAUCUCCCUGGCUCUUGGCGAGGUGUCAAACGGCUCCAGCAGUCUGCAAGAAAGUGCAGUGGGCGGGUCCAUGCUGUCACUGACCAAUAAGACGUCUGCGUUGAGCCUGUGUUCUGAUCCAGGCGCCACUGGUUCAGAGAUGCAGAAGAAUGGCGUCGUCCAUUCCUGCUCUUAGGCAGUACACACUUACACACACACACACACACACACACACGCACACACGCACACACGCACACACACUUACACACACACACACACACUCAAGAUGCUCAACUGAAAAGCAUGCACAGACAAUACACCCAUUCUAUUUAGAAGAUGAGCAGUAUCUGCCGUGAUAUGAAUUUUCUUUCUUUUUGUUCUGUGAAUGAGCUUUUUUUAAUGACUUUCCUUGCCUGGAAACCAGGGCAUAUGAUAACAUUUCUUGUGUGUGUUUUUUUUUUUUUUUCUUUCUUUUUUUUUUCUACUGGGAUUAAACAUUAACAAGGCUCACAAUAGAUAUAUCAGGAAGAGAAAAUGGUGGCGAUGUUGACAGCGGUACUGUAACAUUAUUCAAAAAGUGUAGCCUAUUCCAUCCUUAAUAAACACAAAAACAUAGUCAAGUGUAUGAUUAAUCUUCCCCACGCAAGAUUUUUUUUUGGUUUAGUUGUAGCAGGAUACGUGUAAAUUAAACGGUUAGAUACAGAGAAGCAAACUAACAACCUCUAUCACAUCAUAUGCACUCUGAGGAAUUUAAUAGUCUUUUCCUGUUGCAAUCUGAUGAUCUAUGAAGGUAUUGUAGGAAACAGCAGAAGUGUGUCGCUUGGUACUCACCCCCAGAAUCGUAAAAAAAAAAAAGUGGCUGCCCAGAUCUAGAUGGUCUGAGGAGGGAAAAGCAGUAAAAACAAAAACAAAAACAAAAAAAAAAAACUUCCACCAGUAUUCAGCCGAAACGGAGAUGCAAAUAGGAAACGGUGUUUUAGAAGUCACAUUUUGCACACCACAUGCACUUCCUUACCUGCCACGAGAAGUAUGAUUUUAUUAGUGCAUUUUAUGAACACAUCAUGUGUCUGUUUCAUACUUGAAAGCAGUAUAUUAUAUAUUUAAUUGAAGCAUUCUGUUUUAAAGAUUGCAACAAAGUCUUUUUGAUAAUGAGCUUUCCACAUGUUUUUCUAUAAGGGAAUCUACUAUGUGCUUCUCUUGGUUGUGGUGUGACCUGAUGUGGUUUGGUUGCAACGCCUUUCGCCUGCAGCUUCCGAAAGGGCUGCGUUCAGUCCUUAGCUGAUCAUGUUGUGAAAUUUUUCACAGCAGGCUCCAAAAAAAACUAUUGGAGUUUUUUUUUGUUUGGGAGGAGGGGGAGGGGGGGGUGAACGCACAUGAUCAGGCUGAGAGAGAGUACACCUUUCCUCAUCAGGAGCCAGGUGAAUGAGUGUAAACUUGACUUUAUAAUGUCAGGCUAAAUAAAUAAGCAUUUCCCUCCUCAGAGCUUCUCAUCUGGCCACACAAAAAGCCUCCCCAUUGGGAUUAUCUUGUCAUUUGUUCACCUAACUUCUAUGAAGUUGCCUUCCCUUGUGUCUUUUUGUUAAAUUUUGUUUUAUUUUUUCAUGCUUUACGUUGUUACGAUUUUGGGGGAGGGGGAGGGGGUGAAGCUUACCAAUGGAAGGCUUUAUAGGGCUCAGUGGAGCUGUCAUGAAAUAGUUGACUUAAAAGCAAAUCCCUGACUUCUCAUUUUUAGUUUUAGAAAGCUAUCCUUUGUAGCAUUUUUAGCUGCGCAGGAUAUUUAAAAUAUCACGUAUACAGCUGAGGAUAAUGGUGUCGCUGACUGAGAGGUAAACACAAAAAAAAUUAUCUUCCAAAAUACUUCUUCUUAGGUGAGAUUUGAUAAGUUAAUUUAUAUCACAUUGAGUAUUUUAUAUUGGUGAGUAGUACAUUUUUCUUUUCACCAUUUGACACUUUUCUAUUCACAACUUGCUGUCAUCAUCACCACCAUUACCACUAUUAUUGCUCUUUCUUCAUCAUGUUAAUUGUUUACUGCUGACGCUCAACACAGAGAGGUCUUUGCCUUUUGUAAACAAUUACCACGAUCGGCUAGUUUUACAGCUCUGCUGAGAGCGAGUGAGUCCUUGUGCUUGAACGGUUGAAGGAUAGAGGAGACGCUCUGGGUCUAGUGGUUUUCGUUUUAACACGAGCCUUCGUUUUGGUCAGACGAGGGGUACUGAGAAACUGAGUUUGACAAAUCCCUGAUCACUGAUGAGUCAAUUAAAAAUAGACACAAAUGUUUUUGUGUCCGACAUCCUCAUCUGGAUUGUUUGAUGGGCAUUGUUUCGCAUGAUGUCAGCGCCAUGAUAGUGGAUGUUUGGGAUUUCUUUCUUCUUUUUUUUUCCUCCCCUCCCCCCCCCCCAACCACACUUCAAGCCUUUGGCUGCUCCUCGCUACAUUUAUUGUUUAGGUACACAGCUCACUUAUACAUAUGAGUAUGUAUACAUACAUUAAUAUACUAAAGCACUAUUAACGUGCCACCUCUUAUUCUACUCGCUCAGCAUUUAUAUUAAAUGAUCUCUACUUAGAAUCAGCAAAAUGUUUUUUUUUUGUUGUUUGAUUUGUUUUCUGUCCACUGGUUGCCAACACAGACUUUAUCCUUUCCCAGACGAAGGACUUCUGUGCGCAUUGACGUGUGUUCACUUAAUCUUUUGUGUUCAAACAAAGAUGUUCUUUAUAGACUAUGCUUCCGAAGAAGAAAGAAAAAAAAUUUCUGUAACUUUGGAAAAUUUAUGGAGACGUUUUGUGUGUGCUAGAUUGUAUUGUAGAAAAUGUACCCUGACUAAGUUUUUUUUUUUUUCCCCCCUCAAAGUGUGCUGUACUUGGGUGAUAGUGUUGAGGUGUUAGAAAAGUGUUGGGGUUUUCCCCCACGCCCCCCACCCCAAGAGGAUAUUCAGGAAGUCUCUGAUGAAAGGUUGGCCUUAAAUCCACAAUGCAACGCUCCUUUACCCAUGUCUGCUUUAGGAGCAUGAGGUGAUCACAAAAAUGUUAACACUGAAUUGGCAUGAUUUUAGAGUCAUACAAACGGACUCUAGGAGAUUUCCCCUCUUUUGAAACUCAUGUAUAACAGCAACAAUGCAAUAAUGCAAAUCUCAAGAUUUGAAGCAAGAUGUGUAUUUUUAUUGUUGUUUUUUUUUUUUUUUUUUUAAGGAAAUGUUGUUGACCUAGCUGGAUUUGUAGUUUUUCUUUCUCUUCUUUUUUCGUUUCUGCAAUAAUUGAGUGAAUUUACUGACCUGCAAGUCUUAGUCGUUAAUGCAUCAUCUGACCUUCUGCGUAGUCAACAGCUAUGAGUGACAUUCAUACAGGUGUCACUCAAAUUGGUCUACCAGCUUCAUUUUGCUGUUAUGUUUAAGAAAAUCAGUAUAUGACUUACAAAAAGAGGGAAUUUGGUUUAGUCAUGAAUUGGCGGCAUUUAAUGGUGUUAAUUCAAUGUUGUUUCUCACUCUCAAGCGCAAGUCAACCAAAACUAUCAUAAUGCUGAUUCCACUAGAUGGGUCCCUGCAGGUCUGAACAAGCCUAAAACGCCUUUAGCUUUGGAGAACUGACGUACAAUGAUAUGUGGGGUGGUUUACUAUAUAGUAAAUAGCAAAAGAUGUUCAUUUCAAUCUCUUGUGUGUUUUUGUUUCUGAGUGGAACUGCUGCCUGCCCCUCAUUUACAUAACCAGUUAACCCCUCCACUCCCACCCUUGACCACUGAACUCUGUUACUGCUGUUUGAGGCUCACAUUUUAUUCCCUGACUUUCUGGGGAAAAUUCGCAAAUGGCUUUUUUAUAUGAUUACUCCCUUGUAAAAUAUCUCUUAAAUUAAGGUACAGGUUUGAUUUCAGCAAGUAAAAAAAGUUUUUAUAUGUAUAUUAUACUCCAUUAAGGAAUGUUUAGAAUUAUCUUCCUCCAAUGUGGAUGUAGCCAUUAUUACGCCAUUUUAUGACUUUGUAAGAGAAUUCACUGUGUGAAAAUUGGUUUGCAUUUUUGUAUAAUACAAUCUGCUUUUUUUUUGUUUGAUACGAGAGGGAGGUCAAACUGGAAGUUUGAAGAGAGAAAAAAAUGAACCUGUGAAAUUGAGAAAACAAAAUGUAACUUAUAUACAACAGUGAUUCUAAGCUGAGGGGGAAAGAUUAAAUGAUAUUGCUAACUCUGA